CCUUUUGGACCCUACAAUGAGGCUUUGGAACAGGCCUUGUGGCAGAACGCCAACUCCGUGCAUGUGAUGAUCUCACGCGACUAUUCCGUAGAUCGCAGUGAAUGUGCAAUGGAGGAGACAAACUCGGCCUUUGAACAACGCUUCAGAGAGGUCAUUUCUCUCACUGACUCUUUUCAUCGUCGCAGUGCCCCAGUCGAUUCCACUUCUCUGAAGUUUCCUCUUCGCCCGCGUCUGUUCCACUCGGAUGAAGGCGCGGAAUGGAGCCUCCUGACAGACAUUGCCUGGGCACCUCAGGGAGCCCUGGAUCCCACCGUUGAGGUGUCUCUAACUGACCCCCAACCUCCCUCCAAUACUUUCGGCUCCCCCACAUUUUUUGAUGGCGAAGACGGCAGAAGUCGGUACGAGGCCUUCUUAGCCGCCUACCGCGCAGUGUACAAGUUCCAUCGAAGGGGCAUUCACUUUCACGUGCAGUAUCGCGACGUGCAUGAAGGCGUAGUGGAAGGAGGUGACUCUGGCUACCUCCUUUGGCCCUACACGGAGUCCUACUUACGAACCGUGCCUCCUGAGGACGAUCUAAACGCCUGGGGAGACGGUUUUAACGAGUCUUGGGUGCACGUUCUUCCUCCUCAUACACGACCAGGUCAACUGAUUGUGGAUACCGGGAACGUCUCAAUGCUGGCUUCAAUGGAGGCUAGAUUGGGUCAAAGGAAACGACGCUGGGACUCGGAAGGCUCUCAUGAGGCACCCAUUGUAGCGGAAGCAAAAGUGUCACGUUCAGAAGUCGGAGACGGUGGUGAUGGUGGGCUGUGA